CCGUAGAAGUUGUAUUUGUCAACAUACGGAUUUACCAAAAGUAUUUCUUAAAACAAACUUGCAAGACUUCUCAACAAAGACUUCUCAACAAUAGGCCUAUCUACUGAAAAGAUAUCUAUCAUGGAACUCACUAUAACACUUUUGAAUGGCGACUCAUAUCCCCUGACGGUUGAGCCACACACCACUCUGGGGUCUCUCAAGAGUCGGAUCAACCAACUCUUAAGAGUGCCCACAGAAAGGCAGAGGCUGUCAGGUGUCAAUGGGAACAACAUCAGUCUCAGCGAUGAUUCAAAAACUUUGAGCGACUAUGGCCUGCAUUCAGGAUCCAAAGUGAUGGUGCUGAUUACAGAACCCACUCAUAUCCAGGUGUUCCUGAAAAACGAAAAGGGCCAGACACACACAUAUGAGGUGGUGCCGGGUGAGACCGUAAUCCAGUUCAAAGACAAGGUCCAAAACAAGGAGGGAGUCCAAGCCAACCAACAGAGGCUGAUUCACGAGGGCAGGCAGCUUGAUGAUGGCAAGAAACUGGAAGACUAUGGCGUCAGAAAUCUAAGCACCAUCCACCUGACACUCCGUCUAAGGGGAGGCUGAAGACACCCAGUGUUAACCUGAAACCACACGUUUUUUCUUUAUAAGCAUUCCAUGUCAAUAGAGAAAAAGCAAUCCAUCUAGUCCAAAAAUGAUCACUGUUAUAUAACGUAUUUAUUCAAUUGUAAACUUUAAAUUAAGCAUUGCUGAUAUAGGCUUACAGUAUGUUAAAAUAAUGUAAAUUAGAUUGUAAUUAAGUAAUAAACAAGUAUAAAACUCAAACAAGUCUACCAUCGUUGUUAUGGCUCCAACUCAUACAAAAAGAUAAAGCAUCAUGAUAGAUACUGGAUACUGGACUGGUUCUUUGUUUUCAUUUAUAAAAUAGGGUUACAUCAAAUAUUUCAGGCAAAUGUAAUGUAAAAUAAUUUGCCAGUUUCAGUCCGAUGUGCUAUUGUCCGUUUUUGACCUAAUAGAUACAGAGCAGCAGUAACAUUUACAGUUGAGUUGAGACUAACUAAAACAAGGCAGUCCACAUAAGGAAACAACAGGUCGGCCUUGUCAGCAAAAUACACAAUACUUUGUGGUUUGAUGACAAUCUUAACAUUGCAUAUUCAGAUGGUGUUAAAUGAGUUGCAUUCAAGAC